AUGCGUUUUCCAAACCCUCUCAAUGCAGACUGGGCAUGGCCACUUUACAGGGAUGGGCCCAUCGAAGGAGCCUUCGAACUCGACCUUGCCAAUGGCAUCGACGAGGCCGUCGCAACAAGCGUCACACGUCCCUGGCUCUUCGCCUUUAAGCCCACCACGUCUACACCAAACGGACGAAAUAUCCUUAUUCUAGGUGGAGGAGGAUACGUCGAGCUCAUGGUGGGAAGAGAAGGUGUGCAGGUAGCGAGAUGGCUGGCAGGGCUAGGAUUCCAUGCCUUCGUGCUCAUACAUCGUUUUCCGAAUAAAGAGACGGGCAUUCAAGCGCCAAUAGACGACGCCAGGCGGGCGCUCACAAUGUUCUAUGAGAAGGGCUUUGGAGUACGCCCUAUGGGUGUAUGCGGUCUCUCAUCUGGUGGUCAUCUCGCUGCAUCGCUACUCUCGACGUAUCCCACCUGUUGGAGCAACCCGAAUGCGGAAAGUGGUGUUCCAUACCUCGAAUUCGCUAUCAUUGGCUAUGCGCCCAUCUCGACGAAUGCAAAAGGACGCCAGGUCAUGGCGGGUAAGCCAGCGCUGGAGCCGCCGGAGAAACAGGCGCUUUACGAUACCGUGCAGCCAGACGUACAGUUGGAGAGCAGAGUUCCGCCAACCUUCAUAGUGUAUGCUGCAAACGAUCCGGUUGUGCCGGUGGUGAAUGCAUACAGGCUGGCUGAAGGCAUUAUGAAAGCUGGUACCCCUGUAGAGCUUCACGUCUUCUCGGAUGCGCCGCACGGGUUCGCAUUGGACACGCAGGGACUUCCGACGACCGCCGGAAUAAUGGCGUCGCUUUUGCGGCAACUCGUAGCCGGCCCUCGCGCCAGGCAUGCUGAAGCUGGCCUCGACCUGUGCUAUGUAACGGACAACAUAAUCGCUACUUCGGGCCCUAGCGGCACGUACCCGCAGCGCGCCUAUCGCAACCCGCUUGACUCGCUCGUAAAGUUUCUCGACUCGAAACAUGGCGACGAUUGGGCCAUAUGGGAGUUUCGCGCUGAAGGGACGGGCUACCCCGACUCGGAGGUCUACGGUCGCGUCUACCAUUAUCCCUUCCCCGAUCACCACCCGCCGCCUUUCGCCCUGAUACCGAACAUCAUGGCCAGCAUGCGCAACUGGCUCCAUGAGAAGGAGGGGCGGGUCGUCGUCGUGCAUUGCAAGGCCGGGAAAGGGCGAUCGGGAACUGCUAGUUGCAGUUACCUCAUCAGCGAGGAAGGCUGGCCGGUGCACAAGGCUCUGGACCGCUUCACCGAGCGGCGCAUGCGUCCCAACAUGGGCAAAGGCGUCAGCAUUCCCAGCCAACUCCGAUGGAUAGACUACGUGGAUCGCUGGGCCAAGCACGGCAAGUUGUAUGUCGAGCGGCAGGUCGAAAUACUUGAAGUGCACUGCUGGGGCCUCAGAGACGGUGUCAAGAUCCAGAUCGAGGGCUUCGUCGAGGAUGGCAAGCUCAUCAAGAACUUCCACACCUUCACCCGCGACGAGAGGGAGAUUGUGCGAGGCGAAGUCAAGACCACCGGCAUGGCACAGGCAGUGCAGGAGGUCAUGUACAAGAACGGCUUCGGCCCAUCAAAGACGAGCGAAGGCCCCAAGAAUGGCUCGACUUCCUCCCUCGAGCAGCAGCAGCAGAGCAAUGUCGAUGGCGCCACCACGGCCGAGCCAAGAUCGUCACGCGAGAGCCUACCCACGGGCACGGGCGACGUCGUCUUUCGUCCCGCCAAGCGCGUAGUCUUGCCCACCAACGACAUCAACAUUGACGUCGAGCGUCGUAACAAAGCCGCCUUCGAUCUGACCAUGGUCACCGCUGUCGCGCACGUGUGGUUCAACACAUACUUUGAAGGGAACGGCCCUGAGCAGAAUGGCAAUGUCGACCAGUCGGGCAUGUUUGAGAUUGCAUGGGAAGCCAUGGACGGCAUCAAAGGCUCAUCUCGAAAAGGCACACAAGCUUUCGAGCGCAUAGCCGUAGUCUGGCGCGCGCUCUCUAGCGAAGAAGGCCGACCUGGUGUUGUCAUUACAGAACCGAAGGAGGGUGAGCCUGUGCAACAAGCCGAGCCCGCAGAUUGGAGGGGUACCAAGGGCGUGGAGCCGUCCGAAGACAAAGAUCUAGGCGUCCGCACAGCGAGCCCACCCAACGAGAAGUCAGACAUCAGCCGAGCAAACAGCGUCCGAAGCGAGAACAAGAAGGGUACCACCAUUGUCGAAGCUCCCGGCCGGAGGGACAGCGGUGAUAGUGACACCAAACAUGUCCGACCACAUGGUCCGAAUGGGGAAAAAGUCCUGAUGGAGCCGAACGGUUCUGCUUCUCGAACAAGCACAGACGCGACAAGCAGUGGGCCGACAACGGCAAUCUCAGACCCCACGCAACCAGAUCGUCCUGACAAUUCUAGUCAUGUUGCUAGCCAUUCGCGAUCCGCAGACCAGCCUACUGGGUCACACCAGAGCGGGGGCCACAUUGGCGGAAUUGCGGAGAGCUUGAAGUAUCACGUCUCAGGAGCAGCUCACACCAACGAUCUACCUGAUGGAAAGCCUGAGAGUGAGAUGAAGGAUGCGAAGGAGCAUGGCCUUGGGCACAUGCAUUUUGGCAAGAAAAAGACAAGUUCGUAG